GUCAAAGUGUACCUUUUAUUCAUAAAAAAGUUACUUUCUCCGUCUCUUUUUGCUAUUAACGUUUUUCUUUUUGGAUGUCAAAAAAUAUUUUUUACAUUUCAUAUUAUAUUAUUACAUAAAUGCUUUAAUUUUGUGUCAAAAUUUAUGAUUAUUUUAAUCAAUUAAAUUCAUUGGAUCAUUUAAUAUCUCACACUUUUCCAUUGCGACAUUAAUUUUUUCUCAUUUUUCCAAUAUCAGAAUUUGAUAAAAGUGAAAACAUAGUAAAUAAACGUAAUUUACCUUAUUUAAAUAAAAAAAAUAGAGGAAUCUCAACGCACACUAAUUAAAAAGAAAAAGAAAAAAACUGGGAAGUGGACUUCUUAUAUUUGGGCUUAGCGCCUAAGCCCAACCAAAAUCCAACACUAUAUUUUUUUUUUUUGGUCCAACACUACUUUCGAUUCCGUGUUACUCCGUAUUGUCACACACACUUUACCAUAAACCAAGAAAUCCAACGUCUGCUGUUACUUAUAUCCGCGAUCCACCUAUGUAAACAAUUCCAUUCAUCAAAUUCAAAUUCUCCCGCCAUUAAAAUAUAAUAUAGAAGAGAGAGAAAAAUGAAGGAAAUUCAAACUCCUCGAAGCAAGGACAUCAUCCUUCGCCGGCCGAAGGAAUCUCCGUCGUCAAAAUCAUUUUCCGAUCAAUCAAAGAAGCACCAGAAGAUUACAAAGAAGAGCUUGAAUGCCGAAUUCGCUUCAGUUUCUGAAGAUUUCCUGACUGAAUCAGUGUCGGAAUCUAUCAAUUUAUCGUCGAUUUCUGAAAAUUUGAGCGACGAACACUGCAUCAGAGAAUCGGAGAGCUUCGAGAGCUCAACAGGCACAGAAAAUCAGUCGAUUGUUACAUCAGAGGAAGCAUUUACGCCAAUUUCGAAGAUCACAACUGUGUGUGAUGAAUCAGUCAAUCUAUCGCCUGAUCGCAUCAAAAUGCUUGGAUCAAACAGUUCUUCCGAGGUGGAUGUUGCUGUCAAUCUCCUCAAGCAAGCUAGAAGUCAAGUUAUCAGCUCAAGUGACGUUUCUGCUACAUCAAAGAAGCUUCUGGAUGCAUUGGUUGAGGCAUCUGUGAGAGAUUUCUGUGCUUUACCUGACGAAGGAGACAUAAUCGAUGCAGUUCUUUCUAAAAAAGUUGAAGUUGUUGCGGUUUGCUUUGUGUUUUGGUUAAUCUCUGUGACUAUUGUGAUCCUUUUUCGCUGUUCUGGUACUCGAGGCUCCGCUUCUUUUAAUCCUCAACCUACCUGAGCUGAUCCUGCAGAACUUUCCACUACUGUUUUAGGGAUUGGUAAUAACUAUUAGUUGGGACAAGUUUGCUUCUUCACACUCAAGCUGUGCUUUCUUUGCAAACCUGGAGGACCAUACAGUGUAAAUAAAUCUGUUACCCCACCUUUUACACAAGGUAAUCCUUCUUUUACUAUCUGGAAUACAAGCAGAAGCAGUUUCUUACUUGAUGAAGUGCCACAGGUUGUUUAUUCAGUCCUCAAAUUACUGCCUCUUUAUCUCUGACAUGAUAAACUGCAUAGAGUAAGAUGACACACAACAUGAUGUCACUAGCUCUAAAUAUGAUGGAGAUUAUAUGUGAAUAUCAGCCAUGUUAGGUGCAGUAAUAGUGUUAUCAACAUAUCAUAGUGGAGCUAACAUGAUUAAGUUUCUUAGUCAAAAGCUAUUGUUGAAUUUCAUUGUACAAACAACCUUGAUGCUCAAGUUUUACUCUGUGGUAGGCUGGUAGACCUUUACACUACGUGCAAUCAUAAUUAGCAUAGAUUAGCAAAUCUAAACAGGAAAUACAAGUCAAAUUACUAAGAUUAUAUAUAAUCCGCUGAUUUGGCUUUGCUGCUAUUAUAGGAAGUCAAGUGUGUGAAAUUCAAUAUUAGCAUUGGUAUAGGUUUUUCCUUCAAAUGCAACAAAGAAAAUGACAUGUUGUAGAUUUUUGGUUACUCUUAUAGAGGAUUGAACUUAGUAGCUCUUAUAUGAAUUUAGUAGGCGAAAAUUAACUUUGCAACCUUUUUGGUUUAAGAUAGAAGCUAGGGUAACCAUCCUUCCAUUUCCUUGUUCUAGUGGAAUGAGUUUUACCUAUUAUAGUGUAUAGUGUGAUCACUUUUACUGAAACAUGGGUGCAGUGACAUUUGAUGUGUUUUGCAAAAGUACAAAGAUGAUUUGGUUUAUGUUAAUGUUAAUGUUUAUCCUAAUCAUUUUAUUUUGGAUAUGGAUUUGUUGUUACUUCUGUGAAAGCAUCUUUUUUAAUUAUAUUAUUUAAUUGCUGUUAGUAUUGAGGCUGCGCAACCCCCACCUCAAAAAUAAAUGGAAAUAACAUUAUUAUGUAUUUUAGCAAUAAUUUUUCAGAUACAUUCUGAAAACUUUGAUUUGAAACCAUUUACUCUAUACAAAUAUAUCGUCUUUUCCUAAAUUCCAAGGUAAAGAAAUUUGAUAGUGUUUAAUAUGGCCUGCAGUUUUGCUUUACUUUGCUUUGAGAAAUCUUCUUGAUUGAAUAGAUAAUCCAUGAUUAAUAUGAUCCAAAAUUAUUGGUUUGGAUCAAGUAGGUAAUCAGAUAAUUACGAAUACGGAGUGAUAGCCGUAUCGCCUUCAUAGUGGCUUGAUCAAGCUUCAGAAUAACUCUUAGUCCCUUUUCUUCAUUUCUUUUGAGUAAGGAUGGGUUUAGAUAUAUAAAAACCAUGAUAAACAUGCCACUGUCUAUGAUCACAUAUAAGUCUGAUGGGGUUUCAUCCUAAAACCUGGUGAUAGGUGGAGUAGACCACCAAUCUUAUAAUGUAAGUCAAUAUAACUCUAUUUCAUCCAUGUGGGACAACUAGUCUCAACUCACACGUGGGUUAAUCUUCUCAACAACUUGUUAGAAUUUAUCAAAACUUAUAUUUGUUAUAAAUUGUAAUCGUUCAACCCUUAUUUUGAACUUAUCUUACUUAAACUUAUAACUUAUUUUUACUGAAAUAAAUGGAAAUAAGUUGAAUAGAACGUAGUAUUAGUUAGUUAUUUAGUCGGUGUUAUUCAUUGAACUUUUAAGCUUAAACAAGCUGUAAUCUAUUAGUUUGUAUAACUAUUAUUUCAGUACUAACAAUGCUUUCUGUUAGGUAAUUCAAAAUGCUCUAAUCUCCUGGUGUACUGACAACCAGUGAUCCUCAUGGUAUUAAUUUCAUGGAUUAGGUCAGUGACUAAGAUAAAGUUAAUCACCUAUUUUUAGACUAAUUAUUCACCAGUCUUUGCCAGUACCAAAUUAGUCCAUUAAUUUAACUAUAUCUCUGUUGGAAGUUGUCAAAUGUAUUUGUCCAUUACUCUUUGGAGCUAUAUAUAGCUGCGACUUGGCUCAUGCAUGCAUCGAGCUCCCCAUUCUCUAGUUACGGUACGGCUACCAGUAGUAGUGGAUAAAUGACAAU